CGGAUCCGCCCGCGAGAUGGUGGGUACCCCGAAUGCCGCGCCGAUUUUCUCACCCAUAGACCGAGUUGCGACCGGGUCCCAGGGGGUCCUGCUUGUGUAGUACCUUGCUAUUUGACCAAAGAAUAGAAGAUUAAAAUAAAGAUAGGCCCUGCGAGUUGACUCGGUUUCCUUUUCGCCCACUGAUGGGGACGAGUAUAAAGGCAGGGUGGCGCCCUCCCCUCCUCCAGAAUGAGGAACUGAGAUAAGAUCCUGUUCCUGUUCCUUGACUUCAUGCCUAUCACCACCCCCGGGCUCGACCCCCUAACUCCUUUCACUCAUUCUAUAGUCUACUUUUUUGUGAUACUUCACCUGUUCAGGGGGGAACUGCGUUCCUACUAGACCAAAGCCCGGCAUUCACUGCCCAGCAAAACACAUACACACCACCCAAGAUGGACAAGCUAUCAUCAAAAUCCUCCCACACACUCCCACCAGGCUCCUCCUCCCACCCGGACGACGCGCCGGCAGGACGACAUAAUGUUCCCAUCACAACAACCGUCACACACGCCGUCGCGACCAAGGAGCAGAUGGACCCGGAGCUCGACGUGAACCUCCCCUACCGCACCCUCUCGGCCAAUGCCAACCUCGACGAAUACCGCGUCGAGACCAGCGCCGGCGAGAUCCCCGUGACGGCCCCCUCGGCCGCUGCCGGCGGCAACUACAAGCUCGUCACCUUCGUUCCCAAUGACCCCGAUAACCCCAAGAACUGGUCCAAGGCCUACAAGUGGUACUGCACCAUGGUCGUCGCCAUGACCUGCUUCGUCGUCGCCUUCUGCUCCUCCGUCAUCACCGCCGACAUCGCUGGCGUCGCUGAAGAGUUUCACAUCUCCGAGGAGGUCGCCCUUCUCUCCAUCACCGUCUUCGUCAUCGGCUUCGGCGUCGGGCCCAUGGCCUUCGCGCCCCUCUCCGAGAUCUACGGUCGCCAGAUCAUCUACGCAUCCACCCUGCUGGUCGCCGUCGUCUUCAUCAUCCCCUGCGCCGUCGCCAAGACCCUUGCCACCCUUCUCGUCUGCCGCGCCAUCGAUGGCAUCGCCUUCUCCGCCCCCAUGACUCUCGUCGGCGGUACCCUCGCUGACCUCUGGCGCAACGAGGAGCGCGGUGUCCCCAUGGCCGCCUUCUCCGCCGCUCCCUUCAUCGGUCCCGCCAUCGGCCCUCUUGUCGGCGGCUUCCUCUCCGACGCCACAAGUUGGCGAUGGCUUUAUUGGAUUCAGUUGAUCCUCUCCUUCGUCGUCUGGGUCCUCAUCUCCUUCACCGUCCGCGAGACUUACGCGCCCACCAUCCUCGCCCGCCGAGCCAAGAAGAUGCGCAAGGAGACCGGCGAUCAGUCCCACGUCACCGAGCAGGACAUCGACAUGCGGCCGCUCAGCGAGCGCCUCGGAAUCUUCCUCAUCCGCCCCUUCCAGCUCCUCUUCCGCGAGCUCAUCGUCUUCCUCAUCUCCAUCUACAUGUCCGUCCUGUACGGCUUGCUAUACAUGUUCUUCGUCGCCUUCCCCAUCAUCUACCAGAAGCGCAAGGGCUACUCGGCCUCCACGACCGGUCUCAUGUUCAUUCCCCUCGCCGUCGGCGUCCUCUGCUCGGCCGCCUGCUCUCCCUGGGUUAACAAGCACUACCUUAAGAUGGUCGCAAAGCACAACGGCAACCCGCCCGCUGAGACCCGACUUAUCCCGAUGAUGGUGAGCUGCUGGUGCAUCCCCAUCGGCCUGUUCAUCUUCGCCUGGACCUCCUUUCCGCACCUGCACUGGGCAGGUCCUGCCUUCGGCGGUUUCCCUGUAGGCUUCGGCUUCAUCUUCCUUUACAACUCGGCCAACAACUACCUCGUCGACUCCUACCAGCACCAGGCCGCAUCCGCACUCGCGGCCAAGACUUGUAUCCGUUCGUUCUGGGGUGCCGCCGUCGUCCUCUUCACCGAGCAGAUGUACGACCGCCUUGGCGAUCAGUGGGCAUCAACCCUCCUUGCCUUCAUCGGCCUUGCGUGUUGCGCUAUCCCCUUCCUCUUCUGGGUCUACGGAGCCCGGAUCCGUGCUAGAAGCAAGUACGCCUACUCCUCCGACGACGAGGAGACUUCCGGUUCGGAUGUCGAGAAGGCCAAGCCGCAGAACGUUCUGUCGCCCACUCGUACCUUUGAGCCCGCGUAAGCGACUCGUGGUGAGCAUUGAACAAUAUAAAAGCCCUUCACAAGGCUUUUGCUAUGAACAGUUGGAUAUCGCGUUACGACAUAGAUGCAUAGAGACAGAGAACGGCCGGUGCCGUAAUUAAUUCUACACCAUGUUCAAAACAUC